AUGGUUUUUAGACCACCUUCAUUUACCUGGUCGAGGUCUGGCGGUCUGAGAUGGAAAUAUAACAAUACAGCAACGGCGGCUAAGAUGUAUAACCAACACCACUACUCCUGUCAGCAAAGAAGUAUAUUACAACCAUUAUCGAGUGCCUCGCAGAUGGCUCAAUUGAUUGAACAACAACAACAGCAGCAGCAGCAGCAGCAGCAGCAGUCCUCUACCUCUACCAAGACUCAAAAGAGGUAUUUUAGCAGUUACUACUACCAGUUUCCAAAGAUACCCCGACCAAAGAGAAAUGUCCUUUACUAUUCCACUUGGUCGAGAGGUGGAGCUCCUUCUACUGGAACCGGUACAAAUACCAAGAUAAAGAGACGUUUCUUUCCCCAGCUUCGUUACUUCCAUUUGCCCAAAAUAUCCAAAAGACUGUUUUCGCAAGCCAACCAAAAAUUGAAACUGAAUACUAGGAAAUGGCACAUGAGAUUCUUUUCUGUUGAAGCAAGAUCAAGAAGACAACAACGUAGAAAAUUCAUUAAAUGGUGGACCCUCACUUCAUUGACUGUGGUUUUGGGGGGUGUGGCGGCAAAAAUUAAGUACGAUAGGGACCUGUUGAAUGAGAACCCAUACAAAAUUAGACCACAAUCAUGGCAGUUGUAUGCCUACUCUACUUUGCCCUUGAAGACCAUAUCACGAUUAUGGGGCUAUGUCAAUCUGAUAAACUUGCCCGUAUUUAUGAGAUCGCCUCUGUAUAAACUAUACUCGGCUAUAUUUGGUGUUAAUUUAGAUGAAAUGGAGAAUCCAGAUUUGAAAAGCUAUAACAACCUAUCUGAAUUUUUUUACAGAAACUUGAAACCGGGAGUUAGACCUGUAUCUGAGGAUGAUAUUGUGAGUCCUGCCGAUGGUAAAGUUUUGAAGUUUGGUAUUAUUGAAGAUGGUGAGAUUGAACAGGUUAAGGGCAUGACUUAUUCAAUUGAUGCGUUAUUGGGAAUGGGGGAGUCGUCGACUCGGAAUUUAGCUGCCCCUACUCACUCGCCUGAUUUUGAAGAUAGUGAUGAUGAGGUUCGAAUUAGAAGAGAUGAAGAGUUUGCGAAGCUAAACGGCAUAUCAUAUUCCGUUGAUGAUUUCAUAGGUGGGGAGAAUGAGUCAACAUUUCACUUGAACAAAUUGACCUAUAAAAGUGAUCAUGAUGGUACAGCCAAAGGUUCUAAUGCCUCAUUUCAGAAGGAGCUCAAAGUAGCAGAGGCCCUUGCACCCAAUCCAAUGGAGCAAUUUCGUCAGAAACAACUAUAUUUUGCAGUGAUAUACUUGGCGCCGGGUGAUUAUCACCAUUUCCAUUCACCCACAAACUGGGUAACCACGUUGAGGCGCCAUUUUAUUGGCGAGUUGUUUUCAGUAGCACCAUUUUUCCAAAAAACUUUACAAGGUUUGUUUGUAUUAAAUGAACGAGUUGCUUUAUUGGGAUAUUGGAAAUAUGGCUUUUUUUCAAUGAUCCCUGUUGGUGCUACCAAUGUUGGUAGUAUUAUUGUUAAUUUUGAUAAGGAUUUGAAGACUAAUUCAUUUUACGAGCAUGAGGUUUAUAGUAGUAGUAAUGGUGGUAAUGCUUCAUCAUCGGGAACUUCCAUUGUGAGUGAAAACACACCCUUGAUCCAAAAGGAUUACUCGGCAUCGGACAAUUUGCUAAUAGACUAUCAAGAAAAUCAACGUAGAAAAAAGAAGAAAUUGAGAAAGAACACUGUUUAUGAAGCAACGUACACUAAUGCAAGUAGGAUACUAGGCGGAUGCCCCUUAACUAAAGGUCAAGAUAUAGGCGGGUUUAAAUUGGGUUCAACAGUUGUGUUGAUAUUUGAAGCUCCUGACAAUUAUCAGUUUACUAUAGAAAUUGGUGAAAAAGUGAAAGUUGGUCAAUCGUUGGGCAAAUUUGAGUAA